AUGACCAGGGAAGUGAAGUUGGAAAAUCCGGGACAGUGGUGCCUUAGGCCAACAUUUUUGGAAGGGAAAACUUCCUGUCAAAAGGGGGCCAACGUGGGAAACAUUCUUCAACGGUUGAGUAUAGAGGGGAUUCUGUACACUUCAGAUCAAACGACAAUAUUUCGAAUAAGUCCAAGUUAUUGUACAACGGUCAUCGACGUCAUACUCUCAGUCUGUGCGAGACUCGAAAAAAAAAGAGCGGCUAAGAAAUCGCAUCCACCUACCCCGAGGGCUCCUUAUCGCAUUUCAUUCGACUAUUAA